AUGAAUGUAUUGAAACUUCAGAAGAAGUUCCCUGUGUUGGGACAAUCGGAUUUAUUCAGUAUCAUCGAAGACUUUAGAGGCAUUGAUGGCGAAGACAAAGGAUGGGUUGAAAAAAAAGACGCAAUCAAUUCGGUUUCCAAGAAGGGACCUUACUCCUACGAUCAAGCUAGAGAAACAUUGAAGCAUGUAAAUGUGGACGCAUCUGGUCAUGUUGAAUUAGAGGACUACGUUGAAUUGAUUGCAAAGCUUAAGGAAUCGACUUUGAGUGAUGAAUCUGACACUGUGGCUAUUCCUUCAGAACUGUCAUUUUCACCAAGAAGGGUGAACAAACCAGCGCCACCAGUUCCUACAGCUAACCCCAGUAAAAAAACCUACUUAACUGGUAAAACUUCUGGAACUACUCAUACAAUCAACGACGAAGAAAGAACUGAAUUCACAAGACAUAUCAACGCUGUCUUGGCAGGCGAUGUAGACAUAGGUGAAAGAUUGCCAUUUGAUACUGAGACUUUCCAAAUAUUCGAUGAAUGUAGAGAUGGCUUGGUUUUGUCGAAGUUGAUCAAUGACUCUGUUCCGGACACCAUCGAUACAAGAGUCUUGAAUUUGCAAAAGGGAAAGAAGGUUUUGAACAACUUCCAGAUGUCUGAAAACGCGAACAUUGUCAUCAAUUCAGCCAAGGCAAUUGGUUGCAUUGUCGUCAAUGUCCAUUCCGAAGAUAUUAUUGACGGUAAGGAACAUUUGAUCUUAGGCUUAAUAUGGCAAAUUAUCAGAAGAGGUUUGUUAUCUAAGGUUGACAUCAAAUAUCAUCCUGAAUUGUACAGAUUGUUGGAAGACGAUGAAACUUUAGAACAAUUUUUGAGAUUGCCACCUGAACAAAUCUUGUUGCGUUGGUUUAAUUACCACUUGAAGAACGCAGGUUCCGAAAGAAGGGUAGGUAAUUUCUCUAAGGACAUCAGUGAUGGUGUGGCUUAUACUGUAUUGUUAAACCAAUUGCAACCUGAGCAUUGUGAUUUGUUGCCAUUAAAGACCCCUGAUCUCUUGCAGAGAGCCGAAAAAGUAUUGGACAAUGCUGAGAAGAUUGGAUGCAGAAAGUACUUAACCCCAACUUCGUUGGUGUCUGGUAACCCUAAAUUGAACUUGGCUUUUGUUGCACACUUAUUCAACACUUACCCAGGAUUGGAUCCUAUUGAAGAGCAUGAAAAUAUCGAUAUCGAAGAAUUCGAUGCUGAAGGUGAAAGAGAAGCAAGAGUAUUUACUUUGUGGUUGAAUUCUUUGGAUGUGGACCCACCAAUUGUUUCUCUUUUCGAAGACUUAAAGGAUGGUUUGGUUUUAUUACAGGCUUAUGACAAGGUGUUGCCUGGUUCUGUUUCCUUCAAGCAUGUUAACAAGAAGCCAGCUAACGGAGGGGAAGUUUCUCGUUUCAAGGCCUUGGAAAACACCAACUAUGCCGUUGAAAUCGGCAAGGCAAACAGCUUCUCGUUAGUUGGUAUCGAAGGUUCCGAUAUUGUUGAUGGAAAUAAAUUGUUAACUUUGGGAUUGGUCUGGCAAUUGAUGAGACGGAAUAUUGUUAGCACUCUUUCUGAAUUAGGUAAAGGCGCUAACUUGACUGAUGCUGACAUUUUGAGAUGGGCUCUGAGCCAAGUUGCUAAGGGAGGAAAGUCAUCUAACGUAAGAUCUUUCAAGGAUCCAUCUUUGUCUAGUGGUGUAUUCCUUUUGGAUGUUUUGAAUGGGCUUAAGCCAGGCUACGUUGAUUAUGACUUGGUUUACCAGGGUGCCAACUUAUCAGACGAAGAGAAAUACGCCAAUGCCAGAUUAGCCAUUUCUAUUGCGAGAAAAUUAGGAGCCCUAAUCUGGUUAGUUCCAGAGGAUAUCAAUGAAGUCAGAAGUAGAUUGAUAUUGUCCUUUGUCGGAAGUUUGAUGGCUGUUUCCGAAACUCUAUAA